ACACUUUCUCUACCAGGUGGACAGGCUCCUCCCAGUGGGCGGGGCUUCCCAGCUGCACUCAGCUGUAUCAAUCAGAGUCCACUCGCACUCGUCUCCUCGACAACCACUGAACUACAGCUGAUCUGCAGGACUACUGCUGCUGGCUGACUGGAGGUGAAAAUGAAGCGCUCCCUGAUUUUCGGUCUGCUGCUCAGCUCGUCUCUCUUGGCUUUGGCAUCGGCCAUCCGCUGUUACAGCUGCAAAGAUUACACCGCCAGUUGUUCCAAACAACGAGACUGUAGCUAUGACGAUGCCUGUCUCACACUCAACGAGAGAGGUGGGAUGACUUAUCGUCAGUGUCUAAAGUACUCAGACUGUGAAUACAGCAGACUUGGACAGAUGUUCCCCCAGGUUUCUAGUUUCACCUUCAAGUGCUGCAACUCAGACCUGUGUAACUCCGCCCCCUCCUCUGCAGUGAGCUCUGUCAUUGGUCUGCUGGCCUCAGUGGCAGUCAUGUGGUGGUGCGUUCACUGACCAGUGUUGUGUUCACUGACCAGUGGUGCUAACAUACAUUAAAUUGAUCAGUAAAGCUCCAUGUUAAUACUCUGUCUGAUCUCACUCUUUAUGAAACAUGAACUCUGAAUAUUUACUCUCACCUUUUGACCAUUGAUUCUCCGAGACGUUUUAUAGACGAGACGAUGAUGAUUAAAAGAUUUAAAAAAGUUUAAACACUAAAAAUAAUGGACUCAUUUUAAUCAAUAAAUAUUAAGAUACAUUACUUGUCUUAUUUCAUCUUGAAUUAAUUUUACAACAUGUUGUCAACUGUUGCAUCUUAAAGAGUCCUUUCAGAAUAAAGUGUUCCAAAAUGCUUCCUGUAUUAAUAACUGUAAACAUUUUUCUGUUGUUGUUUGUAAACAUUAAUAAAUAAAAGUGACAAAGUGUGAACA